AUGAUAAGACGUCAACAAGGUACACAUACUUCUCCUGUCGAGGGCUUGGUCUUGCUAUUGACUUUCCUUAUCGAUAACAUCUAUGUUCGUUUUGGAAGCUCGGUUUUCCGGCAGGUUAUUGGUAUACCCAUGAGCACCAACAGUGCACCUUUGUUGGCUGAUCUCUUCCUUCACACCUUUGAGUACGAUUUUAUGGUCAAAACAAUGAAACAAGACAUUACAAAAGCCAUCCAGUUCAGCAACACCUUACGAUAUAUCGACGACUUAUUCAGUAUUAACAAUGUGAACUUUGGAAAUUGCAUCAGCGCGAUUUACCUGUCGGAAUUGGAACUUAAGGAUACUUCCACAUGA